AUGCAUUUGAGGCUAAUUUUUCUCUUUUCCACGUUUAUCUCAGUGUUGAAAGGAGAUGAGCUCCCGCUAGCACCAUACAAUGUCAAACUUUUCUGUCGAACGGGUGAACGAAAUGUUUCAACGAAAGGUUUAAGUCCGCCAAUUGAAUGCCCAUCAUCGUCAUCAUCUUGUGGAUAUCUUGAAUUCGAAACGAAAGAUCCACGAUUCUCGAAAAAUGCUGGAAAGGUCGGACUUUUCGAGUGUGUUGAUUCAGGGAUUCUACACCAGGAAAACGAUGAAUACGAUGAUGAUAAAGAAACAGAGAGUAUUUUUGGAGAGAUUUGUGGUCCAAUUCCGCGCUGUUCGCUUCUCCAUUUGCGAGCGUUUAACCCAAAUUUUCUCAAAUACGUGAUCGCAUCGCAAAACAUUCAACUAAAGAUGAUUGCCAAGCCGACAGUGAAAUUCUGUUGUGCUCUUUAUCAUUCAACGUUGAGUCGACUUGUCAAUUCAGGAAAUGAUCAACUUCCUUCAAUCACAGCUCCAGCAGUGCAUUGCGGUGAUUUAGAGUGUGGACAAGGGGCAAUUGGAUGCCUUCUUCAUUCAAGAUACGGCAAAAAAGGGGAAUUUGAUGGAAAACGAGAGCGAUUGGCGAAAGAAAAAAUGGAAAUGGAGAAAGACGAGGAAUCUUUUGAGGAAUAUGAGGUGGAUGAGGAGGAAUUGGUGAUCCCAUCCGGCUCACAGAGUCGCCUCUUCACUAACAGAGUGAUCACUGGAUCAAGAAAAAGACGAGCUGUGCAAGAUGACUAUGAGGAUCAAAUUAAAGCUGUUGAGAUUUCAUUUGGUGAAGAUGAGGAUACGUAUUUGAAAGGAAUGGAUGUGAUUGAGUAUGAGGAAGUGCGUGAAGAAGAAUCCAAGCCGGCUAGAAAAAAGGAAGUGAUUUUGUUGAGGAGUGGAGGACCGGGUCCCAGAUCAACUGCUUUACCCUAUACGUCGAUUGAAUCGCUCGAGGAUGAGAAUGAAAAUGACGGGACGCAUCAUUGCGUUUAUCGCCAUUUAAACGAUGAGCGUUAUCGGUAUUGCUUGUUGAUUCACUCAGAGAAAGACGGUGAUCGAUGCUACGAGCACAAAGGGCACUCGAUUUGUUGCUGUUUUGUGCCGCCUGACCAGAACACAUGUGAUCCAACGGAUUUGGACCUAGUUGUGCCGGCUCCAUCACUUGCGCCGAAGAAGAGGAUUACGACUACCUUUGCGACCACUAUCAAAUCGGAUAUUGAAUUGAAAGAGACAGCAAAGAGUGAUGAAGGCUUUCUUGAGACACUCACAACAACCACAACAACCACAACCACAUCACCACCACCAAGAGAACAAAUCCCUGCAACAGAAGAUCCGAUCUUGGUCACGACUACAUUAUCCACGACAAUGAUGACAAAAAAGAGGAAAGGACGACCGAGGAUCACUGUUAAAGCACCGUCGACAAGUCCAAACUUGAGAAAUGGUUGCCGAAUCGUUUACCCAGGUCCUCGAAGAAAUGAUGGACCCGGUGGUGGCUGUUGCGCCGGCUCCGGCUCGUGGGAGUGGUCGUGGCCGCCGAGGCCGUGGUGGUGGCCGUGGGGUUGCACCCACCCGACCGAAGGUGCCCCCCCCACACACGAUGUCGAAGCGACGCCGGAGAGGGUGCGCCGUCUGGCCCAGCUUUCGAUCAUUCUCACGCUCGUCGCCAACUUUUGUGGCCAAUCGAGCACGUGGAUCUGUCUGAGGGCGCUUUUUUUCGCUGUUGUGGGCAUCAAAUACGAUACGACAAACGGGAGCCGAGUUCGACGUCAAGUGGAAAAGGCUAGUAUACACAUUUGGACGAGGGUGGAGCGUUUGCGCCGUCAGGAUCCGGCGGGAAAACGCACGUUUAUUCCUUCCCCCUUCGGCCACAAACUUAGCUUCGCCCGACUCGCACAUCAAUUGGAGAGCCCCAUCGUCGAGACUUUGAAUGGAUGGCGUUUUAUCUGCAAGGUGGCCAAAGCCAUGUGUGAGCCUCUCAGGCUCACCAUGGCCGAGGCUGUAGCCGAGCAGCGUGAUCGCCUGGAAGCAUGCAAGGAGCAGCUCGAGGAAAUCCUCAGCAGCGACGAGUUUUGGGCCGACUGUGAGACUUGGUUUGAGGACGGUGACGGCGGUUACAUCCUCAACGUGCUUCACACCCAAGUGACAAUGAUGGAGGCUAAGAUGGCAAGCCCUACACCAGCAGAGCGUGUUGCAAACGAGUUUCAUGGGGAGAAGUACGUUGAGCUCUACUUUCGAUUCCAUAUUAAAAGGCGCACUUUGUAUUAUGGCUUGAAUUGGGUGGUGCCAUCAGUGUUGAUCUCUUUAUCGAAUGUUCUUGGUUUCACUUUGCCCACCGAGUGUGGCGAGAAGUUGACAUUACAGAUCACAAAUCUCUUGGCAGUGUUGGUGUUUUUGGGAAUGGUGAGCGAGAUCAUUCCUCCAUCAUCGGAGUCGAUCCCGGUUGUAGAGGGAAGUUUUCUCAGUGGAGAGUUUUCAAUGCAAAAAUCUUCAUUAAUGAACGAAUCGGAUCGAGAUGACGAAUGGAGAGAAAGAGGGAACGUAAAUGAGAUUGUAGAGAAGAGGAAUUUUUCAACUCAACGACCUCGUCUACUAUCAAUUGAAAGAGAUUAUGCCCCGUUGCAAGCAGAAUUGAGAGAAAUUAUCAUCUUAAUGCAAUCGUUUAAGGAAAAGCUGGACGAGGACGCAGUGGAAGAGGAGUGUCAAGCCGACUACAAGUACAUUGCGAUGUGCUUGGAUCGAAUGUUCCUUUUCGUUUUCUCGGCCGCCUACCUCUCGACGGUGACGGCGAUGUUGAUCGCGACGCCGAGAGUGCUCUCAACGAGUGCA